ACAUAUAAUCCCCACAACCAAAAACCCUAGUAUUGGGCCGCCACUAACCUUCACCUUCCCAAAAUGACAACCCGCUUCAAGAAAAACCGGAAGAAGCGCGGCCACGUGAGCGCCGGUCACGGCCGUAUCGGGAAGCACCGCAAACACCCGGGAGGUCGGGGAAAUGCAGGAGGCAUGCACCACCACAGGAUCCUGUUCGACAAGUACCACCCUGGGUAUUUCGGGAAAGUGGGUAUGAGGUACUUCCACAAGCUACGCAACAAGUUCUACUGCCCCAUCGUCAACAUCGACAAGCUCUGGUCUCUCGUCCCGCAAGAGGUGAAAACCAAAGCCAACAAGGAUGCGGCUCCGAUGAUCGACGUGACUCAGUUCGGAUACUUUAAAGUCCUCGGGAAAGGUGUUUUGCCGGAGAACCAACCGAUGGUCGUCAAGGCUAAGUUGGUGUCGAAAACUGCUGAGAAGAAAAUAAAGGAAGCUGGUGGCGCCGUUGUUCUGACCGCUUAGGUUAGGGUUCUUCGUUAAUUUUCAUUUGGAUUUGAAUGACAUUUCUUUGACAUUAAUGUCGUUGAUUUUGGGUUCACUCUAUAUAUAUGUUCUCUAUGCUUGUUUCGACUUAUAUAUUCAACAUUGCUUUUUGCAUUUCUAAGUAAAAAUACGUAAAUAAAAA